CCCCCCAAAGCAUAAUAUUACAUUGUAGCUUUUAAUGGCGACCGAUGGAGAAGGCAGCGACCCCAGUCACGAAGCGGCGCCCUGGCCCCUGGCGCAGGUGCAGGCGCAGGAGCUGGAGCCUCGGGUGGCCCGCCGACGCCUGUCCCAGGCUCGCCACCGAGCCACCCUGACAAAGCUCUUCGGUCACCUCCGGAGAAUCGUCUACCAGCAGUCUGACUUCACAGCCUCGAAGUGGCAGGUUCUGAACAGGGCGAAGAGUCACAUUCAGGAACAGGAACAAGUCUUGGAUAAUCUGCUGAAGGUGAAAGAAUCCUUCAAACUGCAGGAUGGAAAUGCAAACAGCUUAGAGGAGGUCAAGGAAAACUAUGCCAGCAUGUUCUCCAGAAACCACAGGUACCUCAGCUUCUACAAGCAGACAAUGGACCUCCUGACCAGGAACGGGAUUGUCUCCUCCCGGGACGUGGCCCUGCCCGUGGUCUCUGCGGCCAUCUCCCACCUGUGGCAGACCCUGUCCGAGGAGAGGAAGGCCAGCCUCCUGCAGGCCUUGGAGCAGAAGCACGGUGGCCUGGCGGGCCUCGAGGGGGCCCCCCGGGAGCCAGCCUACGCCGAGGACAGCAUGAAGGACAGUGGAGUCGAGAGCCAAGGGGCCAGCUGCUCGCUCGAGUCCACCCCCGAGGAGCUCCUUUUUGAAGAUGCCUACGAUGUGGCAUGUUUCCUGGAUAAAAGUAAGGCAUCUAGCUCCAGUUCUCUGUUCGCCAGCUGCAACCCAGAGGACCCAGAAGACAAGUUUCAGCUCUACACGCAGAUCAUCGACUUCUUUAAAGACCUCUGCUGUGACCACACACAAGAGAAGCAGGAAGCAGACCUUCCCAUAGACGACGAGCUGUUGAUGUUGCAGUGCUUGGAGACCUUUGAUGAUGAAGAUCUGUAG